AUGUUAUCGGAGCCAUGGAUGGAAAGGAAUUUAGAAUUCAACCGCCACCUCAUAGUGGUAGUACCACCCCCUUGCACUUUACCAAGGAGCGAAGAAAAAUCUACAUUUUUUCUUAUUGGGGAUGAGAUAUUUCCAUUUACAGAAUUUCUCAUGGUUCCAUUUGCUCGUCGGAAUAUUUUAAAUGCUGCUAAGGAAAAUUUCAAUCGAAGAUUAUCAAGAGCGAGAAAUACCAUAGAGGCGAGUUUUGGAUUUUUGGUUUCCACUUUUCAGCUUUUAAAACAAACCUUACGGUUUAAAUUGGAAACUUCAAUUAAGAUUGUCCUAGCAGCAGUUUGUUUGCAUAAUUUUUUAAUUACCAGGCGAAUGGAACGUGGUGAAAAUAUUGAUUUCUCAACACAAGAGGAAAGACCAGAAGUCCUCGUUUUUGGUGACAGAGAAGAAACACAAGAAGAAGAAGAAGUUGAAGAAGAUCAAUUUGGUGAUGGCGCAAUUCACCAACGAGAAGUUUUGAUGAACUAUUUUAUGUCAGAAGCUGGUGCAAAUUAAUAAUUUAAAGAAAGAUAUUUUAAUGUUCUUUUAUAAAGCAAAAUGUUUCAAAACUUAAUUUUCAAAGAUUUUAACAAAACACUUAAAAAUGACUAUUUCAAGGUCUGUAAUCUUCUAGUUCUAGAAAUUUUGAAUUUAUCAGAAA